AUGGUCUAUGCUUUUCCAUAUCAUUUGAAUAAAAGGGCUGCUAAGUUUAAACGUUGCGAACCACAUGUCCCAGCAAUCAAUAAUGUAACACUUAGCCCUGAUCCUCCAAAAGCUGGUUCUAAUCUUGAAGUUAAAGGUUCAGCAACGCCCAGAGAUGCUAUUAUUAAUGGAGAUUUAUUCUUUUUUGCAAUUAUCGAUAUAACAACCAUUCAAUAUGUAUUCCACCCCCCGCCUCUUGAUAUUUGCGCGAACACUGAAUGUCCAACGUUAACGUUUAACUUUGAUAUAAAUUAUAAUUUAUCAGACGUAAGAUCGUUUCCAGAAAAAUUCGGAGUUGGAAUUCAAAUUGGACCUGAUAUAACCAGAUUAAAAGCUUGUGGGGGAGCUUUAUUUCCAAAAAAAUAA